CAAUCUUCCAUCUUUUAUUGCAUCACGAACCAUAUCCAUCGAUCUUUGCCGACCUUUCCCAAUUAAUCCAACAACUCCACUGUCUUCGAUUGCCUCCGGCGAGCGGCAUCCUUGUUUUUUCUUGUCCAUGGAGAAGGACGCCAAGGUAGUGGACGCCCACGUCGACGCCGCAGAGCAGGCCAAGUGGGGGACUAGGCAGAUGGGCCCGCCGGCGGCGCCUGCGGCGCACCCGGAGAACCAGAGAGCCGCACUGUGGACGCUGCGAGGCGACGACGAGCGUCCCCCCUACGUGCUCGACUUCCAGCCGGUGAGCCGGCCGGCCGGCAGCCCCAUGGAGAGCAUCCUCGACUACUUCAAUUCCUGGGCCAAGAAGGCCGAGGACCUCGCGCAAAACAUCUGGCACAACUUGAAGGCGGCGCCUUCGAUGACAGAGGCGGCGAUGGGGAAGCUCAGCCUCUCCGCGAAAGCCUUCACUGAGGGUGGAUUCGAGUCGCUCUACCGGCGGACCUUCCACACCGACCCCAACGAACGGCUCAAGAAAACCUUCGCCUGCUACCUCUCCACCGCCGCCGGGCCCGUCGCCGGGACCCUGUACAUCUCCACUGCCAACGUCGCCUUCUGCAGCGACCGGCCCCUGUCCUUCCGGGCGCCUUCCGGUCAGGAAACCUGGAGCUACUACAAGGUGAUGAUCCCGCUGGGGAAGAUAGCGAACGUGAGUCCGACGACGUCGGGCGGGAACCCGGCGCAGAAGUUCAUACACGUAGUGACGGUGGAUGGGCACGAGUUCUGGUUCAUGGGCUUCGUUAACUUCGAGAAGGCGGCGGAGCAUCUGCUGGACGCGGUGGCGGACUACGCGGCGGCGGCGGCGGCGGGUGGAGCUCAGCAGCCUGGGAUCGCGCAGAGCGUCGGCGUUUAGAGCAUCAAAUCGAUCUGUGUAAUUGCAUGUGUUCCAUCCAGUUGGCUUUGUUGGAUGUGAAUUCGGUCUGUUCAUUGUUGCUGUGGAGUGAGUUUGCAUGUUUGUAUUGCAGUAAUUAAUGAAGAAGAACAGAGCAUCAUCAGUUAUAGACAGUGAUGCUAUUGACAGGAUCAAA